AUGUACUUGGGUAUGGUGAAGGCUUCUUUGGCGCAAAUUCUAUGCUCCGAUGGAUACAAAAAAGAAGCGAUAGCAAACUUAGUUAAAAAACGUAAAAGAACAGCAACUGGCUAUAUAUCUAAAAGUGAAG